AUACAUACAUACUCUCUCACUCAGCUAGAUUUAGAGAGAGGAACAACACCUACAACUAUGUUUCCUCUCUGAUUCACCCUAUUAUCCGGAUCGUCUUCUUCCUCUCCUCUCUCCCAGUGUAUGAUUCUCCAUCAGAUCUGUACCAUCCUAACCUUAACAGCCAGUUCGGUUCAGGCCCAAAUGGCUGUAGCAGUUUUCAAGAGUCCCAUGGGUAGAGAAUACCAUGGAAACGAUCGAAAACCGACCGGUACACGCCGGGUUUUUGUCCAAACCGAAAGCGGAUGCGUCUUAGGAAUGGAACUGGAUCGAAACGACAAUGUUCAUAUGGUGAAACGACGCCUGCAGGUUGCUCUUAAUGUCCCUAUUGAAGAAAGCUCUUUAACUUUUGGAGAUAUGGUGUUGAAGAACGAUCUUAGCGCGAUUCGCAACGAUUCGCCUCUUUUGUUGACAAGAAAUUUGAUGCAUAGAAGCUCUUCGACCCCGUGUUUGUCCCCUUCGGGUAGGGAGACACAACAGCGGGAUCGAAGCGGGCCUGUUGAGAUUCUGGGCCGGACCAGUAUCUUUACGCGGACGAAAGAGCUUGUUAACGAGGUCGUGGAGGCUUUGAACUCGGGUGUUGACCCGAUUCGGGUUCAUGGGGGGCUUGGAGGGGCUUAUUAUUUUAGAAACUGUAGCGGUGAGUGUGUAGCGAUUGUGAAACCGACGGAUGAGGAGCCGUUUGCGCCUAAUAACCCGAAAGGGUUUGUGGGGAAGACUCUGGGUCAGCCUGGGUUGAAACGGUCGGUUCGGGUUGGUGAAACGGGCUUUCGAGAAGUGGCUGCUUAUCUUCUUGAUUAUGAUCAUUUUGCUAAUGUGCCCCCUACUGCAUUGGUUAAAAUUACUCAUUCUGUUUUCAAUGUUAAUGAUGAUGGUAUGAGUGGGAAUAAUAGAAAGAAGAAAUGUUUUAGUAAAAUUGCUUCAUUUCAACAGUUUAUUGUUCAUGAUUUUGAUGCUAGUGAUCAUGGGACAUCGAGUUUUUCGGUGUCUAAUGUUCAUCGUAUCGGUAUAUUAGAUGUUAGGAUCUUAAACACGGACCGCCACGCGGGGAAUCUGCUCGUUAGAAAGGUUAAUGAUGGUGGAAAGUUAGGUCAGCAAGUCGAGCUCAUUCCGAUUGAUCACGGUCUGUGUCUGCCUGAAAGUUUAGAGGAUCCGUAUUUCGAGUGGAUUCAUUGGCCACAAGCUUCUAUCCCGUUUUCAGAAGAUGAACUCGACUACAUUGAAUCACUUGACCCGUAUCAGGAUUCGGAGAUGUUGAGAAAUGAGCUUCCGAUGAUUCGUGAAGCCUGUCUACGCGUUCUGACCCUAUGCACCAUUUUUCUAAAACAGGCUGCGGGUUUCGGUCUGUGUCUGGCUGAGAUCGGUGAGAUGAUGACCCGUGAGUUCAGGCGUGGUGAAGAGGCGCCCAGUGAGCUCGAGGUGUUGUGUAUGGAGGCUAGACGGGCUGCAGCCGAGACCAAUAGAGAAACAUUUGUGUUAUCUCCUAAAACCGGACUGCAGGAAGACGGUUUCCAAUUUGAAAUCGAUUAUGGUGAUUUGGAAUCUUCCAUAAACCCGACGCUUCCAUUCCAAUUCGGAAUCGGGAGAAACCCGCUUUCUAAACUUGAAGAAGAAGAUGAAAACGAAGAAGACGUUGUGCGUCCCGCUUCAGGAAAGAUUCCUUCUGUGUCAAACCUAUCUACGUCGUUGAAAAAAAGCUUAAGCGUAGGCGACUCACCGGCUGGGCAUAGGAGUGCAAGUGAGCAGGUACCCGCGAGUGCUAGCUUUGUGAAAGUGGCGGACAUGACCGAUGAGGAAUGGAGUCAGUUUUUAGAGAAGUUUCGGGGGCUUUUGCAGCACGCGUUGAUUGCGCGUAAGUUGGGCGGUGCAGGACCGAGGCAGCGACAGAGGCUCGGUACUUCUUGCCGGUUUUGAGAGUGUAGGUUAAAGUUGUUUGAGUUUGAGUUUAUGUUGUUGUGUUGAUGUAGGUUUUUACUGUUUUAGGAUGGAGUCCUUGUGGACCUGUUUUAUAAAUAAUUUGUAGAAUAUGAAAAAUGAAAGAAAAGAUAAAAGAAUGAAAAUAGUGGUGUAAAAAUGGAAAUAUUUGGAAGUUUGUGAUUUGGUUUUUGUUUUUGUUUUUAGAA